UGGAGGAAGAAUGACAUGGUCCUGUGGGAACAGAUGUAAGUUGCAGGCCACAUUCACCUCAUUUAGUUCCGUGGGGACAAAGCAAUCUUUGAUGUAUAGCUGUACUUUUCAUUUUAAUAACUGCAUUCAUCUUUCCAUCUCAGACCGCGUGUUUUUGAAGGAAGAAGGUGGUACACAAUCCCAAGCAAAGACAAAAAUCAAUCUGUACCUCUAACAUUGGUAAUGGAGGAAUAUUCUAAGGAAAGAACGCUGCGAGAGGGCCUUUCAGAAGACAUGUCUGAAGCAUCCUCUCAUGAUUCCUUCUAUGAUUCCUUAUCAGACUUGCAUGAGGAGGCCAUGGAUGGGACUUUCCCUGAACUUUCGGCUUUUCUUAGUCAAGAUGAGAUCAACAAGAGCCUUGACAUUGCCCGUGAAGCUUUUGCGGAUUCUAAAUAUGAGAAACCAAUUCAAGGGCAAUCUUUGCAACCCUCUUCAUUGAAUCCAGCUGACAGGUCUAUUAAAGAGAUUAAAUUAAGUAAUUCAUCGUCAAAACAUUCUCAAAAAACAGAUCGCUCAGUGCUCGUUAAUGUUCCUAAAACCCGAUGUGGAAUCACUAGUGCUUCAGUCAACACAAUUGCCGCAGAUGUUCGAGAUAUGAUAUCACCCCUUCUAAUCACAAGUCCAAGCAUAAUUCGAACUCUGCAAGCUUCAAAAAAAUCAGGGAAAGACAAAAUUCCAAACCCAAGAUCAAAAGCAAAAACAAUUCAAUGUGAUACUGGUUCCCAAAAUGACAUGUGUAAAAAGGCAGCAAAUUUUAUUGAAGAACUUUCAGCAAUAUUUCGGGAAACUAGUAAAACUAGAGAUAGGAGACCAAAUGGAGAUUCCUCUUCACCUGACAGUGGUUACCUAUCUCCCAAAGCAGACAAGCCAACUGAUAUUAACUGCCUGAUUAGUGGAAAUGAAGUAGACUUAAAAUCAAAUAUAAAAGCUAUGGAUGCACCAUCUGUAAAAGAACCGGAGAGCAAAUCCGAAAAAACAGAGGAGCAAACCGACAAGUCUGAUGUAGAAGGAACACAAACUCCAAUCAGUAAAUCAUAUACCCCUACUUCAGUUGCUAGAUUUAUUCAGAAGCUCAAAAGCCAAGAAGUUGAUGAGGGAAGUAGAGUUCGAUUGGAAUGUAAAGUGGCAGGAAACCCAUUACCAGAGGUUAGGUGGUUCUGUGAAGGCAAGGAACUGCAAAACUCCCCAGACAUUCAGAUCUCCUCUGACAGUGACGGUCUCCACGUGCUUGUCAUUGCUGAGGCCUUUGAGGACGACACAGGACGCUACACCUGUGUAGCAUCCAAUUCACUUGGUUCUGACACUUCUUCAGCAGAAGUAUUUGUUGAAGGUGCCAGUUCAUCAGAUUCGGAAAGUGAAGGCUUUGCUUAUAAUCCAGGAGCCAUGCCACAGGUUCAAAAGAAGUCAACCUCUGUUUCACUGACAAUAGGCCCUUCAUCACCAAAAUGUGGAAUAACUACCGCAGUGAUGCAGCCAAUGUCUGUACCGGUUCAGCAGGUCCAAAGUCCAAUUUCACAUCUCUACCGACAAGACGGCAAGUCUAACAUCGCAGCUCCGGCUUUCACUAAGGAACUGCAAAGUCUGACAGCGACUGAAGGACAGGUGGUGGUGCUAGAGUGCCGGGUGAAGGGUACGCCUCCUGUAAGUGUCAAAUGGUUCAGACAAGGCACCGAAAUUCAGGACUCCCCAGACUUCAGGAUACUUCAGAAAAAGCCUCGAUGUGCAUCGGAACCUGAAGAGAUCUGUACACUGGUGAUAGCAGAGACAUUUCCAGAAGAUGCCGGAAUAUUCACGUGUACAGCUCAGAAUGGCUACGGAUCCAUCACUUGUACAGCUCAGCUGACAGUUGUACCUGCAAAUAAUGAGCACACCAGAAAUCACGUGUCAAGUGGAGAGAUUAGUGGUUAUGAUUUCCAGACGUUUUCUCCUACUUCUCCAGUGAUGAAUAAUGUUUGUCUUGAAAUGCCAUCAAAGAAAUCAUCGGUGGGUUUUCAAGCACAUAGUGUCAAUGUGCAACUAAUUUCAACGGAGAAUAAGAGCAAUGGUCUGCAUGCCAGUAAUGGGGUUAAUGGCAGUCAAGAAAGAACAUACAUGUCUCCUACAUCUUCUAGUACCUUGUCCUCACCGACGAAAGAACCACCACCAGUGCCUUCAAAACCCAAACUGGAUCUUCAGACAAUACAGCAAUUGCAGAAUCAGAUACAUCAAGAGAAGGAAUCUGGUGUCUGGAACCAACAAGCCAGUGUCCUGCAAAAUACACCACCAUCUCCAUCAUUUCCUCCUCCACCUUCCUUCCAGGAACUGGAGGCCAGUCAGUUCAUCACUUCUCCUGUACAAAUGAGUGUCCUCAACUCCCACAAUUCUCCUGCAAUGCAGCCAUCAAGCUCCUUCAAUUAUGCUCGGCCUAAACAGUUCAUAGCUGCCCAGAACGUAAGUGCUACCCCUGGGUAUGUGACGCCAUCUUCUGGAUCAUCAACAUCUAGUCUACCAUCUCCAAUGUCACCAUCAACACCUCAAAAGCAAUUUGGCAGGGUUCCAGUGCCACCUUUCUCUCAAUCCUUUCCCAAUGAUGGGGAACAGUAUUGGUCACCAACAUCAUCAUCUCCACCACCGCCUCCACCACCAGUCAUGAGUCCAACAGCAAAUUAUUGUGUUCAGGAUUCAUUUCCACUACCACCGCCUCCUCCACCACUUCCUGUAUCUGCUCCAUCACCUACAUACAGUCCAUCUCCUUCACCAACUGGAAGAGGUCCUAGUUCUUGUCACAGUCCUGCUGCCUUCCUCAGCUCUAUGUUGCCAUCCCAGCAGUCACCUGUUUCUUUCAAUGAGCUUGGUCUCCCAAAAGGUGUAAUGCCUCCAGGUUUCCCAAAGCGAUCGGGCCGUACUGCCCGCAUAGCAUCAGAUGAAGAGAUACAGGGGACAAAAGAUGCUGUGAUUCAAGACUUGGAGAGAAAGCUGCGUUUCAAAGACGAUCUUCUGAACAAUGGCCAGCCGAAAUUGACCUACGAGGAAAAAAUGGCACGGCGUUUGCUUGGUGCUGACAGUGCAGCUACAGUGUUUAGCCUCCAAGAACCAGAAGAUGAUCCUAAUAUUAAUGAAGUUGCCUCUCUCGAUGCCUCUGUAGAAAGCACACUUGAUACCCAAAAGGAGUACAAGGUGUCGAGCUUCGAGCAGAGACUUAUCAGUGAGAUCGAAUAUCGUCUGGAGCGCUCCCCUGUUGAAGAAUCUGAUGAGGAAGUGGAGCAUGGAGAUGAAUCUUUGGAAAAUGGCACACCUCCUCAAUUUGAGACAAAACUGAGGCAUUAUAAAAUAUUUGAGGGAAUGCCCGCUACAUUCACAUGCAAAGUUACUGGCAAUCCAAGGCCAAAGAUAUAUUGGUUCAAGGAUGGGAAGCAAAUCUCUGUAAGGAGUGAGCACUAUAGGAUCAAAAGGGAGCCUGACGGAACCUGCUCCCUUCAUACCUCAGCCUCAGCCCUUGAUGAUGAUGGAAACUACACUAUCAUGGCUGCAAACCCACAGGGCAGAGUUAGUUGCACAGGAAGGCUGAUGGUACAGGCUGUGAACCAGAGGGGAAGAAGCACUCGCACACCAACUUCUCAGCCUCAUGUUAGAAGACCUCGAUCUCGGUCAAGAGACAGUGGAGAUGAAAAUGAACCCAUCCAAGAGAGAUUUUUCCGCCCUCACUUUCUGCAGGCUCCAGGAGAUCUGAUUGUUCAAGAAGGAAAACUCUGCAGAAUGGACUGCAAGGUCAGUGGACUCCCAACACCUGAUCUAAGUUGGCAGUUAAAUGGAAGACCUGUCCGUCCAGAUAACUCUCACAAAAUGUUAGUGCGUGAGAAUGGAGUUCAUUCAUUGGUCAUUGAGCCCGUGACCACAAGAGAUGCUGGAAUAUAUACCUGCAUUGCCACGAACCGUGCUGGAGAAAAUUCAUUCAGCUUAGAACUCAUUGUUGCAGCUAAGGAUGCCCACAAGCCACCCGUGUUUGUAGAAAAGCUGCAGAACACAGGAGUAGCUGAGGGAUACCCUGUAAGACUGGAGUGCCGCGUGUCUGCAAUGCCUCCACCCCAGAUCUUCUGGAAGAAGGAGAAUGAUUCCCUCACUUACAACACAGACAGAGUUAGUAUGCAUCAAGACAACUAUGGUUAUCUAUGCCUACUAAUCCAAGGUGCAACAAAAGAAGAUGCUGGCUGGUAUACGGUUUCAGCAAAAAACGAGGCUGGUAUUGUGUCUUGUACUGCAAGACUUGAUGUACACACUCAAUGGCAACAGCAAGCUCCUAAAUCAAGAAAGGUUAGGCCUUCAGCCAGUCGAUACGCAGCACUUUCUGAUCAAGGGCUGGAUAUCAAAGCAGCUUUCCUGCCAGAGGCCAACCCUGUGCACUUGCAGCCGGCACUGGUGGAGAGCGACGACCUGUAGAUUGGACAAGCGUGACCUUUGUGUAAACCUCGAAAGCCUCAGAUGACGCCUGGCAACGUCCACAUCAUGUAACAAAUUGAACACGCCUUCAGCUAAACUGAUAGGGACAUGUUAAACUGCAUAUUAACCAUUUGUAUAAGCAGAAAAGAUAUAUAGCAUAGGAGGAAUAAACUUGAUGUAUUCCUUGCACAAUAAAUAUCACUCACAGUUCUGCUGUAUAAACAAGGUUGUUCUUAAGUUUACCCAAUGUCCUACUACAAAACAAAACAAAAACACAAUACACAAAUUUUUGGUCUCACCUGUGUAGAAUACAAGUGUGAAAUGCUUUUAUGUUGCAGUGCUUCCGACACCAAGAGUAUGUUUUUAUGUGUCAUUAUUGUGAAACAGAUUGAUUCACCAGCAUUGAAAAAAGUUAAAUGCCAAAGACAUUUUAUAACAUUAAGUCUUGCUUUCUGCAUACGAUAUCUUUUUAAAUGUUUUAGCCGAUGCAACUGUUGAAUAUUGGCGUUUAUAGGGAUUUUUGGUUUUGUUCUUCCUGGUCAGCGCUGAAAGUUCACUGUAUACAUGGUUCCUGUAGUCAAUUGUACAACCAUGACAAGCAUUGCAUUUUCUGUUCUAAAUAGUUUGCUUGGCUGUACACAUUAUGGACUGUCAAUCUCCUUCUGCUUGUAUAUGUACACACCCUGAAUUGUUUGCUUGCAAGUAUUUACCAUGCAUUGCGUGACAUUUAAACGACUGAAAAAAGAUGACCUUUGCUCUCCUUCUUCAAGUAUAUCCUUGAGGACUUUCUAAAGUUCCAAGUGGUUUAUUAUCUGUGAACUAUACUUAGAUUUACAGUAAUAUCUGCUAUGAGUCUCAGAAGGUGGUCUGUAACUUUGCGAUAGUCAGGAAUGUGUUGACCUCAGUUUCUUAGAGGGUGGCCUCUGACCGUGUAACUCAUAACAAUGAGGGAUAGGGUUGGUAAAAGGCGUCAUGUGUGUUGUUUAAUGUAACAACCCAAAAAGAACUGCAGGCUGUUUUUAGAGGUAUGUAAAAGCAGACUACCACGCACAAAGUCAGUAGUGUGGACAAGUAUAGUGUAGGAAUUUUAAUUAAUGUAUAAUUCAAAAUUUCUGAAAUAGCCUAAAUUUAAAUCCGUAAGUGUGUGAUGAAAGUGAAGAUGAUGGACAUGUGCUAUGAAUGGAUUCGGUUUACAGAAUGAAUAUAUGGGAAGUUGCAUGCCUCCAUGUUGCCAUAGGCACUCCCAGCAGGGAUUAGAGUUUAAAUAUGUAGGCCACAACUAUUACUUUUUGCAUAGUUUUGGCUUAAUGAACAGUAUUAGCAUACAUAUUCUAUAGAGCCAAGUGGUAAUUAGGUGUGGUUUCCCUCAGUGAACAUUUGCCCACAGUAACUCUCUGAUGAUGAAAGAAACCAAAAUGUAGCAUAGGUUAGAACAUUGAACGUGCCAAGUGUGAAUAUGUUCUAUUAAUGAAAAAUAAAAAGCAUUGGCUUCUAUGGAACACUAACUCACACAGCUGUCAAUCACUAUUCCUCAGAGUUGUGCCAUACUGUGUUGUCUGUUUUAGGAGAAGAUAUUUGUGUUGAUAAAUAGCUCUUCAUAGAUGUAGGUUUGAGCAGGCAGUGACUAAUACCGGGGUGGACAGGAGGACUAAUUGACCUAAACCCAGACCAGAUUUUGCUUCUUGAGCCUAGGAUGGCCACCAGCCCUCUGAGCCAGUGGUAGUUUAAUUGUUUUUGUAAUUUAGUCAAUGACCCACUAAACGAAAAAAUAUAAAUUAAUACAAUAAACUACAUACAGCAACAACUCUUGUAGUUAACUACCUCUAGUGAAACAUCACUGCCAGUUUAUAAAACAUAACCACAAAUAAAUAAAUCCAUAGAUUUUCAUUUAGAAAUUUCUCAUAGUCAUAGAUGUUCUCCGAACCCUCCUGAUUACUGCAAGUAAGAGGGAGAUUGCUUUGAUGUGAUAAGGACACAGUCACUAAAAUGAUGCAAGAUGCUAGAUAGAAUUAGAUGACCCCAGUACUGGUGUUACUGAAGUGUCCAUUAUGUUAAAAAUGGAGUGUUAAUGCUUCGUUCACACUGCAUGGUAACAACCAUAGAAAAUGGAUUUGCCAAAAAACUGUUUUUCUUCUAAAGAAUCUGCUGCCAUCUGGUGUGAACAAAAUAGAAUACAGAUUCAUCAGGAAACUUAUACCAUAGUAUUUAACUUUUUUGUUCUUUUUGCUUUUCGGAUGGUGCACAAACUAUUGCUUAAAAAACAAACAAACCACUACACUAGGGAAAUCAUCAUUUUUGUUAAUUUGGGAAUCAAACUAAAUACAUUACAAUAUUAAUGGUACUUUACCAAGAAAGGGAAACAGUGCAUUUUCCUUGUAAGAAGCACACAUUAUUUAUAUUAAGUAUUGACCUGUUUUUUUCUCUGCUAUACUACAUAUGUAUCUUUUUUUUACACCUAUAUCAUUCACUGUAUGUAUUGCUGUAGAGACAUGCAUUAGUGGCUUUUUUUUUUUAUACGAGUUAAUUUCUUAAUCCUUUUGAUGUAGUACAAUAGCAUAAUACAAUUUUUGGUGUAGAUUGUAAACACAGUUAUAGUUAAUGCAUUUAACACUUAUUUACCAUAAACUAGGUCCCCAUGUUUUACAAGAGAUCCAAUUAUUGCACCAGCAGAGACUCGUGUUGCCCUAUUAACCAUGCCAUGUUUAGAUGACGUGUAGCUCAUGGAGAUGGGCCACACCAUCUCUAUAUUGCUUAUUAAAAGGUCAGACAGGAAGCCGUUUGCUCCUGGAAUAUAUUUUUACCACUGAAUAAACACGGCUACAUAGCUUUCCUAUCAUUAUUCUAAAGAGCUGCUUGUCUUGUAUCAUCUGCCAAACACCGCUAUUGAUGUUACUUGCUAUUUAGGUAAUGGUUCAUUUUCGCCCACAUUAUUGUGCUAAUUAUCUGUAUUUAUAAAAAGUGCCUCCAUCUGUUAGUGUGACUUAUGUAAUGAAUGGAGACCAUUCGGAGUUUAACAUCAACAUAUGUUAAAUAACAAGGACAAAUGUACGUUUGUGGGGAGGGUUUUUAUGAGAAUUGCUAUGCAAAGUGUUUAAAUAAAAGAUUGUUUCUUCAAACCA